UCCAUUAUACCACCAGUCACUUCUUCUCAGCGUUGUUAGUGCCAUUAGAACUUUUUAGGUAAGAUAAGCUCCUAGCUCCCCUGUGAGAUAUGGCUGAGGAAAACAAAGUUGUCGUUGAAGCAGUAAUUGAACACAGUGUCAGUGACGAAAAUGUCGUGACAGCAUCGAAAAAGGAGGUUGAAAACGGCGAUAUGGAGACCGGGAAAGAGCAUGCAGAGGCGACCGCAGCUUGUACGGGAGCGAAGGAUGGUGAUGCGGCUACGGCAGGCGAUGGAUCUGGAGAUUAUACGGAAGAGCAGUUGCACGUUUAUGCUGGGCAUGAAAAGGGAAACUAUCCUCUAUACGAAGAUAACGAACCAGCCGAUGGCGAUAACUACGAAUAUUUGGAUCACCCAGCAGAUGUCCAGUUACAUUCAUGGGGUCCAACAUUAAAGGAUUCAUUUGAAGCGGUUGUGCAAGCAAUGUUUAAUUACAUGACUGACAUCCAACAUGUAGAGAAGACCAUAACCAGAGACGUACCGGCAGAAGGAUCAGAUAUGGAAUCCUUACUCUACAAUUUCUUAGAUGAAUGGCUCUUUGUUUUCUCGUCGGAUCCCUUCUUCAUUCCUAGGGAAGUCAAGAUCACAGAGUUCGAUAUGGAAAAAUUUACAAUAAAAUCAACCGGGUAUGGAGAAUAUUUUGACCUUGUUAAGCAUCCACAGGGCACAGAGGUGAAAGCUAUCACUUAUUCCAACAUGCAGAUCCAUAAAGGUGACACAAAUGAUAUCUAUGUGAUCAUCGACAUCUGAUACAAAACUAACUUGAGAGCACAGACUUUCUCCUCAUGUGAACAACAUGAAAGCCAGUAUAUUGGACAGUGCUGACUUGAUAGCAAGCAUCUGGAACUCUGUGAAACAACGUCACACAAAUAAUGUGUAUGUGAUCAUUGAUACCAGAUGUGAACAAACAUCUUAGACUAUGUGAAAAUGAGACACCUGUUAAUAGUAGGAUUGAAUAGCAUGUGCGCUUGAAUGAAGAACACCUUGUUUCUCUUCUCAUCGUCCGCUAGAUGAUCUUUUGGUGCCUUUUUCUUUAAUUUUGAGGAAUUCAUUGAUCAUAUAGAGGAUCAUUAGCAGCUGAAAGUCCAUGGAGAACGGUAUAACAUCGUUCUAACACAACGCAAAAGAAAAUACAUGGGGCAAUGCAAAAAUAGAAUACUGUAUGUAUUGUAAGGGAGCUGAGUGAAAUAUAGUGGCACAAAAAGACGUGUCAGGAAUACAAAAUGAAUAAAAAUUCAUAAAUUGUAAUUUUAUAGCAUAGAGGUAUAACCUUAAAGUAAGGAUAUUAAGAUGGUAGAAAAUAUGUACAACCUUGAUUACAUAGGCUGAAUAUCAAAAUUGGCACUCAGAUAUUUUGAAUUACAACUUUUAACUUCCUGAUUUAACUGAUAACAAUACUUUUAUACAGUAGACUUGCGGAUGCACCAUGUGAGAGAGAGGGGGAGGAUUGGGGAGUCCUGAAAAGGACUCCCCCUCUCUCUCACAUGAUGCAUCCGCGAGUCUACUGUAUAUCUACAUCACCAUGCAAGCCGAUACUUACAAGCAGCAUCUAACAAUACUUGUGUUUUGCCACUACAUUUCAACUACAUAAACACCUAUGUGGUCCAAGACACUGAAUCUUUUUGUCAGAAAUUCAAUAUACACUGUAUAGCAUAUAAAUUAGAGUUAUCUGUUUGUCUGUUGUCUUAUAGUUUUGCCACCAUUAUGUUCUGAUAUCACUAACUUUCCCCAGUGGGUUAAUUUUAGUUUACCAAGAGGGCUAGUUGUCCUGGGGUGACUGUCCUUAGGGAUAGUUUUCCUUGGGGUGUGGUUGUCCAGAGGAUAUAGUAAAGUUGUUGCUAAGCUGUGCUAGGACACCUUUUUUCUAUUAAGCAGUGUGCCUACUACCUAAAAUAUGGGUCUGCUUUGUAUUAGACAGGAGUGUCACUAGCUUUAAAAAUAUAAUUUCCCAAAGAUGUUUGCAUAACAUUGUAUGCAUUUAGAUGUGAAGAGACUUUGAGACUAAUUUUGUUCUCCUUUAUAUGCAAAUGUA